AUGGACAAAGAUUGCGAUAUGGUAUAUAAAAACAUUUCUGACAUAUAUAAAUCUGAAGAAUUUAAGACCUACGACAACUUUGUUUCGUUAGUUGCUGAAUGUGUAUGGCAGAUAAGAGAUAAAGAUAGAAGAGGCAAAGUAUGGAACGAACAAAUAAGACCCGCUAUGUUUGAGAUGAAGAGAGCAAUUGACGCCUUAGUUGUUUUAGCAGGUAAGGUUUCAAUGUAUAAUGCAAAAAUGAACCCACAAUGUUCAAAAUGUAAAGCAGCAAUAAGGAAAUAUAACUACUCCGUCAAAGAGAUAGAAAGAAUGAGAAACGACUAUGCAGACUUAAAGAAAGAAGCAGAAAAGCCAGCAGAAGAUAAAAUGGACAUGUUAGCAUUUCUGAACAAAAACUAUCCAACAGUAGAAGAUUUCCUUCUAUCUGACGUCAAGAAGAAAUAUAAAGAGACUUUCGGCAUUGUUAAAACUUUUGAUAUCCUCAGCGAAGAAAUAGAAGCUACAAAACUGUUUAGGAUUUCAAAUAUACAUCGUACAAUUCAUGUAAAACGCUUGUGA